GUGUGGAAAGUGAGAGGGUUGUGGUGGGUUUAGAGGAAAUCCCCCCAUCAUAAAGUCAGGAUGAGCAUCUAUAAGCAGCUCCAGACCUCUGAUGAAAUCAUGCAAACAAACACAAAGGACAUGAUCUGCGCCAAAUCGUCUGAUGUAGUUAUGGACUCUAAGAUGAAAACACUAAGGAAUUAUGAACAUCUUGAACCAGUUUACACAGAGGAACAAGAAGAUCCAAGAGAUUACUGCUACGGUGGGUAUCACCCAGUCCAUGUGGGAGAUGUGUUUAAUAAGAGAUACAAGGUUCUGUCAAAGUUGGGAUGGGGUUAUUUCUCUACUGUAUGGCUCUGCAUUGACCUCAGGUCAGGCAGGCAUGUGGCAGUGAAGGUGUUGAAGAGCGGAGCUGGAUUCACUCAGGCUGGCCAAGAUGAACUGACAUUACUGCAAUGUGCCAGCGGUCCAACUGCCCGUAACCCUCUUAAAGGACGUAUAGUGCAGUUACUGGAUGAGUUUAAGAUAGCUGGUGUGAACGGCAUUCAUAUUUGUCUGGUGCUGGAGCUGCUGGGACCAGACUUACGCUGCUGGCAAGUGUGUUUUGGUAAUCCAGGUCUUUCUCUCACCUUUGUCAAACGUGUCAUCACUCAGGUGCUUGAAGGUCUGGAGUAUCUUCACGGCCACUGCAAGAUCAUUCACACAGACAUCAAGCCUGAGAACAUCCUGCUGUGUCUCACACCGCAGUCCUCAUCUCAUCCUCCAGGGGGUGCGAUGCAAACGUACUCUUCAGCCAUUAAAACUAAGUUACUCCAGGAGCAUAAAGCAGCUGGAAAACCUGGAAACUUGGAUAACAUCACGGUGAAGAUUGCAGACCUUGGCAGCUCAUGUUGGGUGUACAAACACUUUUGUCAGGAGAUCCAGACCAGACAGUAUCGCUCUCUGGAGGUUCUUCUAGGCUCUGAAUAUGGUCCUCCAGCUGACAUCUGGAGUGUGGCCUGCUUGGCAUUUGAGCUUGUUACUGGUGAUUCCUUAUUUGAACCCAAAGCAGGGCCGAAUUUCUCCUUAGAGGAAGACCACUUGGCUCAUAUUAUUGAGCUCCUGGGUAAGAUCCCAGUGUCAGUGGCUCUGUCUGGAAAAUAUUCCUACGAGUAUUUCAACCGCAAGGGUGACCUGCAGCGAAUAGCCGUCCUCCGUCCAUGGGGGAUUUAUGAAGUGCUGGUGGAGAAAUAUCACUUUCUCCUCAGAGAGGCGUCACUUUUCUCUGAUUUCCUGUUACAGAUGUUGGACUUCCUGCCAGAGCGGAGGGCAACAGCAGCUCAGUGUCUCAAACAUCCCUGGUUAAAGCUGUAACCCCCUCUGGCUGUUUUACUUGAAUAGGUUUCUGUUUAUGUCUGUUCUAUGUGUGUCGAACGAAAAGGCCAUGCUUCCAGUGUUUUUUCAAAUAGGACUUUGUGAAAGUCUAAAUAAGUGAAAUCUUCAUUUACUCACUCUCAUGUCAUCAUGUUCCAAAUCUGUAUGACUUUCUUUCCUCUGUUGGAAACCCAAAAGCUAUUUUG